CAAUUCAGAUUACUGUAUAUCUAAGUGCAACUAGAAGCGACAAGAAAGAUGAAAAAGUUCAGUGUUCAAUUCUAUUAACCGUUGCCGGGGAGGAUGCUGUUGAAGUUUUAAACACAUUCACAUUCACAGAGACUGAAGAAGACAAGAUUGAACCUCUUAUUGCAAAAUUUCGUGGUUAUUGUACACCUAAACAGAAUAUAACUUUUGAAAGGCAUGUAUUCAACACUCGUUGUCAACAGUCUGAUGAAUCUAUCGAUACCGCGUUAUAUACAACGAUAUACAACGAUAUACAACGUUACCGCGUUGAAAAAACUUGCAAAUCGUACGAAUUUGGUGACUUACAAGACUCCCAAGUAAGAGACGGGAUAGUGUGUGGAAUUCAAAGUGCUGAAGUAAAGGCAAGACUGCUGCGCGGCCCAGCGCAGGGUAUAUCGAUCGGUUAUGAAGAUCACGAAUUGCGCAACUGCCCUGCAAACGGACAGAUGUGUCAUGAAUGCCAAGGAAGAAAUCAUUUCGCCAGG